GCCGGCGCUGGGCGGGGCGGGCAGCGCGCGGGGGGCGUGGCGCCGGCGCACCAAGAUGGCGACACCCGCAGUCCCCCCCGCAGCUCCCGCCCCGCCGCAGUCCGGCCCGGAGACGCGCUAGAGCCGCCGCCGCGAGCUGACCGGUCCGGGGUGCGACAUAACUAAAGAAGCUGCUGCAGGAUGAAAAGAUGGCAGCACGGCUGCUCGCACCACCAGGCCCUGAUAGUUUUAAACCCUUCACUCCGGAGUCUCUGGCGAACAUCGAGAAACACAUUGCGGAACUGAAGAAGAAGCAGCGUCCAAAGCAAGACAGCAGCCACCGGGACGACGAUGAAGACAGCAAACCAAAACCAAACAGUGACCUUGAGGCAGGGAAGAAUUUGCCUUUCAUCUACGGGGACAUCCCAAAAGGCCUGGUUGCUGUGCCGCUGGAGGACUUUGACCCUUAUUAUAUGACACAGAAAACCUUUGUAGUACUAAACAGAGGGAAAACACUCUUCCGAUUUAGUGCCACACCUGCCUUGUACAUUUUAAGUCCUUUUAAUCUGUUUAGAAGAAUAGCUAUUAAAAUUUUGAUACAUUCAGUAUUUAGCAUGAUCAUUAUGUGCACUAUUUUGACCAACUGUGUAUUCAUGACUUUUAGUAACCCGCCCGAAUGGUCGAAGAAUGUGGAGUAUACAUUCACUGGUAUCUAUACGUUCGAAUCACUUGUGAAAAUUAUUGCCAGAGGUUUCUGUAUAGAUGGCUUUACUUUCCUACGCGACCCGUGGAACUGGCUAGAUUUCAGUGUGAUCAUGAUGGCAUAUGUCACAGAGUUUGUGGACCUUGGGAAUGUCUCAGCGUUGAGAACUUUCAGAGUUCUCCGAGCUUUGAAAACUAUCUCUGUUAUUCCAGGCCUGAAGACCAUUGUGGGUGCCCUAAUUCAGUCUGUGAAGAAGCUGUCGGAUGUAAUGAUCUUGACAGUGUUUUGCCUCAGUGUCUUUGCUCUCAUCGGGUUGCAGCUCUUUAUGGGCAAUUUAAGGAACAAGUGUGUGAUAUGGCCGAUUAAUGUGAAUGAGACUUUCCUGGAUAACGGCUCAAAGGGUUUUGACUGGGAGGAAUACACCAACAAUAUGUCAAACUUUUACAUAAUUCCUGGCGCCCCUGAUCCUUUGCUCUGUGGUAACAGCUCGGAUGCGGGCCAAUGUCCGGAGGGCUACACGUGCAUGAAAGCAGGACGGAACCCCAACUACGGUUACACAAGCUUUGACACUUUCAGCUGGGCUUUUCUGGCUUUAUUUCGCCUUAUGACUCAGGACUUCUGGGAAAACUUGUAUCAAUUAACCUUACGAGCAGCAGGAAAAACCUACAUGAUCUUCUUUGUCUUGGUGAUCUUUGUGGGAUCGUUCUACCUGGUUAAUCUCAUUUUGGCUGUGGUGGCUAUGGCUUACGAAGAGCAGAACCAGGCCACGCUGGAGGAGGCGGAGCAGAAAGAGGCGGAAUUUAAGGCCAUGUUGGAGCAACUGAAAAAGCAGCAGGAAGAAGCACAGGCUGCCGCCAUGGUCACUUCGGCAGGGACCGUCUCUGAGGAUGCUGUGGAAGACGACGGUGGGGGGAGGAUGUCUCGGAGCUCUUCUGAGAUUUCCAAACUCAGUUCCAAGAGCGCCAAGGAGCGUCGAAACCGAAGGAAAAAGCGAAAGGACAAGGAACUGUCAGAAGGAGAUGAGAAGUGUGACAAUGAGAAGGUGUUUAAGUCGGAGUCUGAGGAUGGCAUGAGGAGGAAAGCAUUCAGGCUACCAGAUAACAGGCUAGGAAGGAAGUUUUCCAUCAUGAACCAGUCUCUCCUCAGCAUCCCAGGCUCCCCUUUUCUCUCCCGGCACAACAGCAAGAGCAGCAUCUUCAGCUACAAGGGGCGGUUUCGUGACCCGGGUUCGGAGAACGAGUUUGCGGAUGACGAGCACAGCACCGUGGAGGAAAGCGAAGGCAGGAGAGAUUCCCUCUUCAUCCCCAUCCGCGGCCGCGACCGCCGGAGCAGCUACAGCGGCUACAGCGGCUACAGCCAAGGCAGCCGCUCCUCGCGGAUCUUCCCCAACCUCCGCCGAAACGUGAAGAGGAACAGCACGGUGGACUGCAACGGCGUGGUGUCCCUCAUCGGCGGCCCGCCUUCCAGCAUGCCCGGGGGACGCCUUCUGCCUGAGGGUACUACUGAAAUCGAAAUCAGAAAGAAGCCUGGCGGGUCUCUCCUGGUCUCGAUGGAUCAGGUGAACGCAUCCUAUGGAAGAAAGGAUCGAACCAACAGUGUAAUGACGGGGUUGACAAAUACCCUUGUUGAGGAGCUGGAGGAGUCCCAGAGGAAGUGUCCCCCUUGCUGGUACAAAUUUGCCAACACGUUCUUGAUCUGGGAAUGCCACCCGUACUGGAUCAAGCUGAAGGAGAUCGUGAACUUAAUUGUCAUGGAUCCUUUUGUUGACUUGGCCAUCACCAUCUGUAUUGUGCUGAACACUUUGUUCAUGGCAAUGGAGCACCAUCCUAUGACCCCAGAGUUUGAGCACGUGCUCUCCGUAGGAAAUCUGGUUUUCACUGGAAUUUUCACAGCAGAAAUGUUCCUGAAGCUCAUCGCCAUGGAUCCCUACUAUUAUUUCCAAGAAGGCUGGAACAUCUUUGAUGGAUUUAUUGUCUCCCUCAGUUUAAUGGAACUGGGUCUGGCAGAUGUGGAAGGACUUUCUGUGCUGCGAUCUUUCCGAUUGCUGAGGGUCUUCAAACUGGCCAAGUCCUGGCCCACUCUGAACAUGCUGAUAAAAAUCAUCGGUAACUCAGUGGGUGCUUUGGGGAACUUGACCUUGGUGCUAGCCAUCAUCGUGUUCAUCUUUGCUGUGGUGGGCAUGCAGCUCUUCGGCAAAAGCUACAAGGAGUGUGUCUGCAAGAUCAGUCCGGAGUGUGAGCUACCCCGCUGGCACAUGCACGAUUUCUUCCACUCCUUCCUUAUUGUCUUCCGUGUGUUGUGUGGGGAAUGGAUUGAGACCAUGUGGGAUUGUAUGGAAGUAGCAGGACAGGCCAUGUGCUUGAUUGUCUUCAUGAUGGUCAUGGUCAUCGGAAACUUAGUGGUGCUGAACCUGUUCUUAGCUUUGCUACUGAGCUCCUUCAGUGCGGACAACUUGGCAGCAACAGAUGACGACGGGGAGAUGAACAACCUGCAGAUUUCUGUUAUUCGCAUCAAGAAGGGCAUUGCCUGGACCAAGGCGAAAGUGCGGGAGUUCAUGCAGGCUCAUUUCAAGCAGAGAGAGGCAGAUGAGGUCAAACCCUUGGAUGAAUUGUACGACAAGAAGGUGAACUGCAUUGCUAACCAUACGGGGGCUGAUAUCAACAGAGACAUUGAUUAUCAGAAGAAUGGCAAUGGCACGACGAGUGGAAUUGGGAGCAGUGUGGAGAAGUAUAUCAUAGAUGAAGAUCACAUGUCCUUCAUCAAUAACCCCAACCUCACUGUCCGGGUGCCUAUUGCUGUAGGGGAAUCGGAUUUUGAAAAUCUCAACACAGAAGAUUUCAGCAGCGAUACAGAUCCCGAUGGCAGCAAAGAGAAACUCGACGAGACCAGCUCCUCUGAAGGUAGCACCAUUGAUAUAAAGCCUGAAGUGGAAGAAGUCCCUGUGGAGGCACCGGAGGAGUAUCUGGACCCUGACGCGUGCUUCACAGAAGGUUGCAUGCAGCGCUGCAAAUGUUGCCAGGUCAAUAUCGAGGAAGGGCUGGGGAAGUCUUGGUGGACCUUGAGGAAGACUUGUUUUCUGAUUGUGGAGCACAACUGGUUUGAGACUUUCAUCAUCUUUAUGAUCCUGCUGAGCAGCGGUGCUCUGGCUUUCGAGGAUAUUUACAUAGAACAGAGGAAAACCAUCCGGACCAUCCUGGAGUACGCGGACAAGGUCUUCACUUACAUUUUCAUCCUGGAGAUGUUGCUGAAAUGGUGUGCUUACGGAUUCGUCAAGUUCUUCACGAAUGCCUGGUGCUGGCUGGAUUUCCUCAUUGUGGCUGUCUCUUUAGUCAGCCUUAUAGCUAAUGCCCUGGGCUACUCGGAACUAGGUGCCAUAAAGUCCCUUAGGACACUAAGAGCUUUGAGGCCUUUAAGAGCGUUGUCCCGAUUUGAGGGGAUGAGGGUGGUUGUCAACGCCUUGGUUGGCGCUAUCCCUUCCAUUAUGAAUGUGUUGUUGGUCUGCCUUAUCUUCUGGCUGAUUUUCAGCAUUAUGGGGGUUAACCUGUUUGCCGGGAAAUAUCAUUACUGCUUUAAUGAAACAGCUGAGGAGCGCUUUGAAAUAGAUAUUGUUAACAACAAGACAGACUGCGAAGCGCUGAUGCCACCCAACUCCACUGAGAUUCGAUGGAAGAACGUGAAAAUUAACUUUGACAACGUUGGGGCAGGAUAUCUGGCUCUUCUGCAAGUUGCCACUUUCAAGGGCUGGAUGGACAUCAUGUACGCCGCGGUGGACUCCAGAAAGCAAGAAGAGCAACCCAAGUACGAGGACAACAUUUACAUGUACAUAUAUUUUGUUAUCUUCAUUAUCUUCGGCUCCUUUUUCACCCUGAACUUGUUCAUUGGUGUCAUCAUUGACAACUUCAAUCAACAAAAGAAAAAGUUUGGAGGUCAAGAUAUUUUCAUGACAGAAGAACAAAAGAAGUACUAUAAUGCCAUGAAAAAACUGGGUUCAAAGAAACCUCAGAAACCUAUUCCCCGACCUCUGAACCGCAUCCAAGGAGCUGUCUUUGACUUUGUUACUCAGCAAGCAUUUGAUAUAGUCAUCAUGAUGCUCAUUUGCCUCAACAUGGUGACCAUGAUGGUGGAGACGGACACACAAAGCAAGCAGAUGGAGGACAUCCUUUACUGGAUCAACCUGGUGUUUGUCAUCUUCUUCACCUGUGAGUGUGUGCUGAAGAUGUUCGCCUUGCGGCACUAUUAUUUCACCAUCGGGUGGAACAUUUUUGACUUCGUGGUUGUGAUUCUGUCCAUCGUGGGAAUGUUCCUGGCUGAAAUCAUUGAGAAGUAUUUUGUGUCACCCACUCUAUUCCGAGUCAUCCGACUGGCUCGCAUUGGACGUAUCCUGCGUUUGAUCAAAGGAGCCAAAGGGAUCCGCACUUUGCUUUUUGCCUUAAUGAUGUCCUUGCCUGCCUUGUUCAACAUUGGCCUCUUGCUGUUCUUGGUCAUGUUCAUCUUCUCCAUCUUUGGCAUGUCAAACUUUGCCUACGUCAAGCAUGAGGCUGGCAUAGACGAUAUGUUCAACUUUGAGACCUUUGGCAACAGCAUGAUCUGCUUGUUCCAGAUCACCACAUCAGCUGGCUGGGAUGGGCUCCUGCUGCCAAUCCUAAACCGGCCUCCAGACUGCGACCUGGACAAGGAGCAUCCUGGGAGUGGUUUUAAGGGGGAUUGUGGGAACCCCUCAGUGGGGAUAUUUUUCUUUGUGAGUUACAUCAUCAUCUCCUUCCUGAUCGUGGUCAACAUGUACAUUGCCAUCAUCCUGGAGAACUUCAGCGUGGCGACAGAGGAGAGCGCAGAUCCACUAAGUGAGGACGACUUUGAGACCUUCUACGAGAUCUGGGAAAAGUUCGACCCUGACGCCACCCAGUUCAUAGAGUACAGCAAGCUCGCAGACUUUGCUGAUGCUCUGGAACAUCCUCUCCGCGUCCCCAAACCCAACACCAUCGAACUCAUCGCCAUGGACCUGCCUAUGGUAAGUGGAGACAGGAUCCACUGUUUAGACAUCCUGUUUGCCUUCACCAAACGCGUCCUGGGGGACAGUGGAGAGCUGGAUAUCCUGAGACAGCAGAUGGAGGAAAGAUUCGUGGCGUCCAACCCUUCCAAAGUGUCUUAUGAGCCUAUCACAACGACGCUCCGGCGUAAGCAGGAAGAAGUUUCGGCGGUGGUCAUCCAGAGGGCUUACAGGGCUCGUUUAGCACGACGGGGCUUUAUUAGCCGAAGGCCUGUCUCCACAAAACUGGAAAAUGGAGGAACGAACAGGGAGAAAAAGGAAGGCACCCCAUCUACCGCGUCCCUCCCCUCGUACGACAGCGUCACCAAGCCCGAGAAGGAGAAACAGCAACGGGCGGAGGAAGGAAGACGAGAAAGAGCGAAAAGACAAAAAGACGUCAGGGAAUCCAAGUGUUGAGACAAAAUAAUAGAAUUGUACAAAUUAAAAUAUUUGCAAGCGAAAAGAUUGUUUACAAACUUCCUGAAAUAUAUCAAUACAGAACAGCUGUGGAGACACUUACCUGAAGAUCUUAUACCAAACAUAGUCUGCUUACUGUGUGACAGCGUUGCAUCUAAAGCAGUGACCUACCACCUGUUUAAAGGACCCUUGUAAACAAACAUUUAAACACAAAAAAGGAAAAAAAAUGGAUUUUCUAUUGUUUGGGCAGGUGGAUACUGCAUGUUCCACAUCAGUCAAUGCAACUUAGGACAAACAAGCGAAAUAAAACACACACACACACACACACACACUGAAACAAAACCCGCUGCUGGGAUUCAUAUAUUUUCCAAAGCAGCCAAAAAUGGAUUUUAUUUUCCCAUUUUGUUGAUUAUUAUCGAAAGAAAACCCAGAAGUCACAGUCUUAAAGGGUUUGUUCAUGCAAAACUAGAUUUGCAUUUAGUUAAGCAGCAAAAAAAAAAAAAAAAAAAAAAGAAAAAACAGAAAAAAGUUAAAAUAAGUAAAAAAAAAAAAAAACGAGAAAAGGAAACAAACCACCCAUUUAGCCCAUGCCAUUUAAUUGUCAUAGUUUAUUUGGUAUUUAUUAUCUGCAUUCUACUUUCUACAUGGGCUUUACUUGGUUUGGGAGAUGGGGUAAUCGGGUACCUUCAGCCUGGAGGCAGCUCGGGCUGAUUCCCCCCCAAAAAAAAAAAAAGUGCUUGUUCAAUGCAUAGAAGCGACUUGCAUGAUGGCAUGCCGUGACCAGGGACCAUGCAUGAGGAACCAUUAGACCACAAGACACUCAGUAAUCUGUCCACAGCAGUGUGUUUAAGCCAUAAAUUCCAGGCACUCCACUGACUACCGUACACUGUAUUUGGAGAUAAACUUUCACACUAACUGGCCCCUCUGCCCGUCCUUCCCGAUCGGUCCUAGACCCGCCAGUAGGAGGAAAAAAAAAAAAAAAACCAAACAAAAAGGAACCAACAAAAAGAAACGAGCGGAGGAAAUACUUGUGUGUGUAUGUUUAACGACUUGUCUUUUUUUUUCCGUACAGCCAUCUUUUUGCACACUGAAAUAUGACAAAACUCAAUGCUGCUCUGGACCUCGUCCGAGGGGAGGUGAUAAAAACUGAGAAUGGCUUGUUAUACUCUUGUCACUGUAAAACCAAAAUCUAGGGCUUAAAUACCAGUCAGUAAGUUCAUUUGUAUCCUGCAAUAUUUAUCAUUAAUACCAAUCGUUAUUCAGCCUCCAUCCUGCAGCGUAGACACUCUUUUUCUUUUUCUUUUUUUUCUUUUUUUUCGGUUAGAGAUAAGUGCUGUGAAAAAUCAGUGUGUUAUCUCUACCGGAGACACGGGGAGCGUCCCCGAGGCCGUCACGCUGGGGGCCGGGGCCGUGCCCUGGCCCGGGGGGUGGCUGCGGGACCCCCGGCUCUCCGGGCCCUGCGGCAGCACUGGGGGUGGCCGCUGUGGGGGGACUGGUGGCCGGGAGGGUUCUGAGCAAGGAGCGGCCCCAUCCCGGGCUCCGGAGCCUUCUCCGUCUCCCCAGGCACCUCCAUGGGGGGGGGCCGCACUGGCCCCCCGGGGCGGGUGGGGGCCGGAGCUGCCCUUUCCCAGCCCCGCUGCGGCGGUGGCUGACAUGGCGCCCGGGCCCAACCUCGCUGUUCCUCAGCGCCCAGGCCCGGCCCUCCCCACGUCCUGCUCCGUGCUGUCCUUGUCGCCAAGCCGGCCUCGGCCGCCGCUCUGGCUGGCAGGUUUUUUCCCGUUGGGACCAGGGGCGUCUGCGCGGGGGGCGGCAGCGCCGCAGCGCGGGCGCUCGCCCGGGGAAGGAGAGUGAGGGGUCGGUGUCAGCCGAUUCCCCGGAAUGGCGGGGCAAAAACCCAAGAGGACGGAAGUGGAUGGCAGGAGGGACCUCAGUUGGCAUCAUCUCACAAGCCGGAAAAUGACAGGAGUCACUUAAAAACCCCAAACCCAGCAGGAAGCCGCCCAGCAGCCGCCGGGGCCGGUGCCCUCGCCAUCGCCAGCUCGGCGGAGCCGUCCUGCACCCAGCAACGCGGCCAGGAACCUUUUGUACCCUGUCAGCUCUUGCCCCAGUCGCUCCUAGGAUGUGAUGUAUCAUAACAAAGAAAAACUACAUACAUAUGUACAGGCUACGUUGUAAACAGCACAAAAGAGAAAAAAAAAAAUAGCUGAAAAGUGUGGUUGAACUUUUUAAGAGAAUAUUAUAAAUACUGUAAUAUAUCAUUUUAUUUUAUCGGCAUGCCUUUUUGUAAAUACAAAGAACUACAAAAAUAAUAGAAUGGCUUCUGGCUUAUGCCAUUGUCCAUGUUUAUUUUUAUUUUUUUAAUAUUCUUCUGUUUUCCUUAGACUUUAGAUAGCCAGGAAACGUCCCCCAAAGAAAAAAAAAAUAAAAGACAAACCAACCCCUACCCUCCUCCCCCCAAAAAAAACCUAGAUUUUAAAAAAAAAAGCUUUAUUGCAAUUGAUCUUUGCAACAGCAAAAGUAUAUCUAUCUUUGGGUUCCAAUGUGCAAUAAGUUGACCACUUCUAUGCAAGAUUUGGCUAAACUUCAUAAUUGUUCUUAAGCUGGGCUAUUGGCUCGUAGGUGAAGCUUGGUACGUUUAGCGGUCGUGCUGGCCAUUUCAUUAAGCUACUCAAUUACUUUAAAAUAAAAAGUCCCUUCAAACUA